AUGGUAGCGGCGGGCUGCCCCAGCCAAUCAUCGCCGUGUGGUGUCAACCGCAGGUCUGUCCCAGGAGGAACGAGAGUUCCUCGAAAAUUACCGCCCGAGGAUCUGCUUAAGCAAGAGAGGGUGCAGCCCAGGCCGCUACCAAUUCAAAAGCUGGCGGUCCCAAGCAGUGGACAUGGACUAGAUGAGGUCACUCCUGUCCAAUCUCCUGAGAAGUAUCCUCCUGUUGCCGAGUCUAGUAACGCGAGCUUUGAGUGGAUUCCCAAUCGAAGGGCCAUCAAAGAUCGUGAGGAUGAGGACGGCGAUCCUGGCGUUAACGGAAAGGGAUGA